AUGCCACGGGACGGCAAUCGUGGUAGAUUGCGGUCUCAUGAAGCUUGUCUCAAUUGCAGGAGGAAGAAGACAAGGUGUCCGGCCGAAAAACCAUCUUGCUCAAGCUGCGUUCGCCUUAAUCAGCCAUGUCUCUACACCACCACCUCCAAAGGCUCGCGCGGCGGUCCAUCCGCCGACCGGCUGGCAUAUCUUGAAGAGAAGGUCAAUCUUAUUCUGAGUGGCAAAGGAUCUAGUCCUCCCGAUCAGAGUAAAGUCAAGCCGCAGGACAAUCAGGAAACAACCUACUCGAUCCCCUCAGGUCCAUCAUCGAACGAGUUCAGUGGCAACAUAAAUGAGCCAUUCCUCGGGCUUGGCUUUGAAGACACGAAAGGCCAUACCCCCUCUCGAGUUUCCCGGGCAAUCGAACUCUAUUUUCAAUACUGCCAUCGACAGCCGAUAUGGUGCUUUGAACGGGAAGAAGUGAAGGAUCCAAGCUACCUCUCUGAGGAGCUCGUUUGCAGCAUUAUAACAUUGACCUCGCGUUUCUCUCAAGAUCGUGACGAGGUACAGCAAUAUGGAGAUACUGCACGGACGCUGGUCAUGCUUCGUAUCGCGAAUGGAACCAUCGAGCUUGAAACGAUUGAAAGCUUGUGUCUUCUUUCCUACUCUUCUUUUCUAGAUGGGAACGGACCACUUGGACGAUUUCAUCUGGGUCUCGCUCUCCAGCUUUGCCGCUCUGCAAUGCUGGACUUGAACUCUACGUACGGAAUUGAAUGUCCAUCCGCCGAGCGCAAGAAAAGACUAUUCUGGAGCCUCCAGUCUCUCGAACAGACUUACGGCCAAAUGGGUGGCUUGUUGAGUGUUCAAGCUGAGGUUCUACGUUCAUUUUAUCUUUCCACGGGCAGCGACCAGGUUCUCGAGAAAGUAGCUCACCACCCCCCGCCACUACCUAAUGAUACGAUGGGUUGCACAAGUCCAUCUGACAUUGGGAUUUGGAAUUUAGCCCUACAUUUUGGAUGGGUAUGGAAUCGCGUCAGAAGCUAUGUUUUUGACUGUGCACAAAGCAAAUUGACGGAACCCUGGCGACAUGACUCCAUGUACGCGAUGGUCAUCUCCGAUCUCACUGAGCUCGAGAACAAAUUGUCACUUUGUCAUAGAUAUGAUUCGGUCAAAUUCUACGAGCGUCGACCAGAUGAACUACGGGUAAACCGAGAUUAUUGGGCCUCCUGGCUCAAGUUGCAGUUUACCUAUCAUACUAUUUUGACAGUGUUAAACCACCCUUUUCUUUAUAUUGUGGCCUCUCAAUACAACCAUAAGCUGACAAUUCCAAACACAUUUUGGCGACGAUCCUCAGAGGUUGUUAUGCUUCAUGCCACCUGGAUCGUCCGCAUGAUUGACAUGGUCACUGACAAGAAGAUGCGAUUGAUUGAUCCAUUCUUCGGGCAUGCCGCUGCGAUAGCUGCCACCGUGCACCUUUAUUUCUGCUGUGCUGCCGAUCCAAGAUUGAAGUACAAAUCAAAAACAGACUUUUCAAAAUGCAGGAGAUUCUUGAAAAGCUUUGUUUCAUUUUCCCCUGCCUGUCAAAACCUGGACCGAACAUUAGAUAAAAUGACACGCAUUGCCUCUGGUUCUGAGAAAGUCGACUUUGAUUGGGAGCCCUCGAAGAUUCAUCUCAGCAUCCCCCUCAUGUGGGACGUCCUACAAAUUAAAUGUUUACCAACAUUUGACGAGACACCGACAGCCGGACUGCUCCAUCCUUCUUUGAUGCCUAUCGUUCCUGAAGAAGACAAGGAAAAUCCGUCUUCUACCCUUGAAGUCAUAGUCGCCAUGUCUCCCGAUAUCACAGUUAAUACCACCGAUGGCGGCUCGGCCGCUCACAUACCACCUAAGAUGCCCCGCAUCGCUACAUCGGCGCCAACAUCCCCCACUGCUCCACUUGCCGACAAGCUCGUGGCUCCUGCUGAUAGUCUCAUGGCUAAUACCCCUUGGCUAUGGGCCGACCCCUCACAAUUUGUUGACAUGGAGACUCUCGGUUAUCCAGAGUCCGAAUCAACGCUGGGUAAUAUUGACGGCUUUUCCACCUGGUGGGAUUUUGGAAACUUAUAA